UGCUCAAGAUAUUAUAGUGGCUCCGAAAUAAAGGAUCAUUGUGACUCAACAAAGGAGCAAGUAUCAAGCAUGGCAAGAAUGGCUUCUUUUUACGACCUGUCGGCCAAACUACUGAAUGGGGAAACCUUUCAUUUCUCCUCACUGCAGGGCAAAGUUGUCCUCAUCGAGAAUGUCGCAUCCCUCUGAGGUACGACCUCCAGGGAUUACACCCAGAUGAACGAUCUCCACGAGCGGUACGCCGGCAAGGGGCUCGUGAUCCUGGGAGUGCCCUGCAACCAGUUCGGCCAUCAGGAGAACUGCAAGAACGAGGAAAUUCUCCUGUCCCUGAAGUAUGUCCGUCCUGGAAAUGGCUUUGAGCCCAAGUUUCAGCUCUUGGAGAAAUUGGAUGUGAACGGGAAAGACGCCCAUCCACUGUUUGUGUUCCUGAGGGGGAAGCUGCCGUACCCAAACGACGAGCCCAUCGCCCUGAUGAAUGACCCCAAACUCAUCCUCUGGAGCCCGGUGUGCAGGAACGACGUGUCCUGGAACUUUGAGAAGUUCCUCAUUGGGUCGAAUGGAGUUCCAUUCAAGCGCUACAGCAGGAGGUUCCUCACCAGCGACAUCGAGGGGGACAUCAAGAAGCUCCUCAGCCAGAUGACCUAGAGACCCCAUCGUCCCAAAGGUUGUGCGUAGACCCGACGGCCCGGUUCUGCUCGUUUACAGUAUGAAGACAUCCUCCGAAACCACGUCUGUUGUGAGGGGGCUGUCUGAUGAAGUGUAAACGGCUGAAUGUUUUUCGGCUGUAUUGUUUAUGCAAAGCACUAAUAAAAGUUUAAUAAAACUGCCUCGCAAUGAAAUUAAGUUUUUUUUUUUUUAAUCAA